ACUGCGGAAGCGGUAGUUAUUUCUAAAAUUAUGUCGUUUAUUUUAUUUUAUUGAAACCGGAUAUGUGAGAUGAGAGCAUUGACGUGCCUUGACGUUGUACUCAAACACUUUCGCUACGACCGAGGUGCUCGGGAUAAAAUUUCGCUGGGUUCAAAUAAUUUGAAUCAACGUGACGUUCAUGGCAGUGUUUAUUUUCUCCUGUAGUAAACCCACCACUUGUUAAAAAUUCCGCCCAAAAGCAAAAAGCGUUCUGUCCCCUCGUCUGGAUUUCUAACGAACGUCUAUAAUAACUAUCCAAAGGAUCUAGGAGCGGCUCUGUACCGGGAGCAGUUUGACUUCAACGCCGAGCCACCUUGGGAUCCUAGUUGAUAGUGGAAGGGUUCACCCAAGGACUCAUUCAUUUUGUUACAAAAGCCUCGGACCCAGGGGCUCGAGAGUGAGCAACAUUGGGAUUUCGGACUAGCCAUUUUCUUUAUGCCUGUUGGACACAGAAUACAGUUGAGAGGAUGAAAGGAUUCUCAGAUGAGCCGCAUUUUUCAGUGGGCCUUCUGGAAGGUGCCACAUCACUCUGUGAUGUGAUUGACAAUCACAUUAAUGAACAAACUUUGUCAGAGAAGAAAGCUUUCAUUGUCGCAGACCUAGGUGUUAUAAUGAGACAGCAUGUUCGCUGGCGAACACACAUGGCCCAAAUUCGUCCCUUCUAUCCUGUCAGGUGCAACAGCAGUCCAGGUGUUAUUGAAAUAUUGGCUGUACUUGGCACGGGAUUCAUAUGUAACAACAAGUUUGAACUUGAGCUGGUCCAGAGCCAUGGCAUUCCAUGUGAAGACAUCAUCUAUAGUGGCGUUUGUAAACAGGCUGCCCAAAUCAAGUAUGCUGCAAAAACUGGGAUUGACCUCCUGGUGUGUGAUAAUGAAACAGAGCUCCGCAAAAUUUCACGCUCCCAUCCAAAAGCCAAGCUGCUCCUUCAGGUGUCCGCAGAAGCAUCUAUCCAGGACACUGAGUUGAGCAUGUCAUUUGGGUGUUCGCUAAAAGACUGUCGACAUCUACUCGAGAGUGCAAAAGAGCUGGGUCUGCAGGUGGUGGGAGUCAGAUCCUUUAUUUCACACGAAUGCAAGGGUCUUCAUGUGUACACCAAUACCAUCUUUGAUGCCCGUUGUAUUUUUGAUAUGGCGGAGGAAAUUGGUUUCAAAAUGAAAAUCUUGGAUAUAGGAGGCGGUUUUAGUGGCUCGGACACCGAGCUGGAGUUGAUUAGUCGUGAAGUAAUGUCUAUGGUGGACCAAUACUUCCCGUCUGUUAGUGGAGUUACCGUCAUUGCGGAGCCUGGCAGCUACUUUGUGUCCUCUGCUUUAACUUUGGCUGUCAACAUAAUCUCAAAACAAAUAGUGGUGCAGGACUGCCAAGAUCAACCACAAGAUGAUCCAUCUCACAGUGAUGAGCGUGAGUUCCAGUACUACAUGAAUGAAGGAGUCUAUGGAUGCUUUGCCUGUAAACUCACUGAAAUGGUCAUCACUGCUCCCAAUGUUCAGACGAACACUUGUUCCAAAGGUCCAGUGUUCAGCAGCAGCCUGUGGGGCCCCUCUGGUGAUGACCUGGACCUGGUGAUGGAGCACUGUCUGCUGCCCGAACUCAACAUUGGAGAUUGGCUCAUGUUCAGCCACGCAGGGGCCUACUCUGUCGGUCACCCUUUUUGCACCUCUGACUCAUCCACACCAGCUGUUUUCUACGUUGUCUCUUCUAGAGAUUGGUAUGACAUGCAAGAUUUGGCCAUCACCCAGGAAGCAACACUGAAGAACUUCUCAUUGGUCCCAUAUUUCUUCAGUGGCUGCCUAACAGAUGCGGCACUUUCUAUCCCAGCUUAGCUGUCACCAGACCGGUAUUGGUUUCUGUAACUCAUCAGUGUUCCAGGCUGAAUUUUUUUUAGAACAGAAGUAGCUCGUUAUGAAACAAAAUGGAUGAUUCCCUGACCAUAAACCGUUUACAUUAAUUUUAAAAUAUAACAUAAAGUCAUUGCCUUCAUUGCCAGUCUUGUAGAUCUGUAUCUCUUGAGCAAUGUAUUUAAACAUUUGGAGCAGUUCUUGUAUUUCAUUGGCUGUAUAGUAUAUUUUGUUUAAAGAGAAAUUGUUGACAUUUAAAAGCAGUGUUGGUGUCAAGAUUCUGAUGUGUUUGAUGACGUUAAGAGUGUAAUCAGUGUUGGACACGGUGUGCAUGAACACUUAUGCUAGCCUGAUUGGAAAGGUAGUGGUGCAAUAUUAAGUUCUGCCCUUUGCUGCAUCACUGACCACUGAACCUCUGGCAUGUCAUGUCACACAAGAACGCAGGUUUAUUAGAAAAGCAUGUACUACAAAAGGAAAAAAUAAGUGUGGGUAGAUGAAUCUGCAUACAGGUAUAUGGUAUUGUUUAUUUAUAAUGCAAGAAACCUCAAUUUUUUUUCAUUGUUUCUGCCUAAUUGUUAAAUAUUUAAGAUUAUUUAAUGUCUAAUUGCAGUGCCAUAUUGUCUCCUUGCUUAAAGCUUGUUAAUAGUUGUAGCUUUGCUCGUCAAAAUGAAUAAAAAGUCAAAUCAUC